AACUGUUCUAAAUGUGUUUGCAAAUCAUUACUACAGGUAUUCGACCAAGGUUUGAAAGCUAUUUCGCUCAGUGUCGACCUUUGGCUCCAUUACAUCAACCACUGCAAAACCGUCUACGAAAAGGAUGAAGAAAAGCUUCGAGAACAAUACGAAAGAGCUAUUCAAGCGUGUGGUCUUGAGUUUAGAUCUGAUCGUCUUUGGGAAAGUUACAUAAAGUGGGAGUUGGAAGGUAAACGCUUCAGUCGAGUAACAGCACUGUACGAUCGAUUGCUGUGUACACCUACGCUUGGUUACAUCUCUCAUUUCGACGCAUUUCAAGAAUUUGUAUCUUCAAAUUUGCCAAACCGUAUUUUAAGCGUUGACGACUUUCUCGCGUUACGCGCCGAGGUGAAGGCACUCUUGAAAUCUGACGACAAUAGCACUACCUCUGCAACAGACGAUGCACCGCCUGGAGAAGAACCACCACCACAUGAACUUCCACCUACCGACGAGGAAACUCGCGCCAUUAGAGAAAAAAUUAUCAGUAGCAGACGUAAAAUGCACAAAGCAAAUAUUAUUGCAGUUGCCGCGAGAUGGUCCUUCGAGGAGGGAAUUAAAAGGCCUUAUUUCCACGUGAAACCUUUGGAACGAUGUCAGUUGAAAAACUGGAAAGAAUAUCUGGAUUUUGAAAUCGAGCAAAAAGAUCAGAACCGGAUAAUUAUUUUAUUCGAAAGGUGUUUGAUAGCCUGUGCUCUGUACGAUGAGUUUUGGAUGCUAUUCGUUCGUUAUUUGGAAUCCUUGAAGGGUGACAACGUAGAGAAGAUAAGAGACGUGUAUUCUAGAGCGUGUAUGGUGCAUCAUCCAAAGAAACCAAAUUUGCAUCUACAAUGGGCGACGUUUGAGGAGGGCCAGGGGAAUUUCGAGAAAGCUGCGAGCAUAUUGGAGAAUAUCGAUAAUGUAUUACCAAAUAUGUUACAAGUGGCGUAUCGAAGAAUAAAUUUGGAACGGAGGAGGGGAGAUUUGGACAAAGCCUGUAUAUUGUAUGAAAAUUACAUUAGCAAUAGUAAAAACAGAACAAUCGCAAAUAACAUCGCAGUGAAGUACGCACGGUUUUUGUGUAAAGUGAAAAACGAUGUAGAUAAAGCGAUUAAAGUAUUACUAAAAGCCACAGAGAAGGACAAAGAUAAUCCAAGACUUUAUUUACAAUUGAUCGAUUUGGGAAUGCAAAGAACUCCUGUUGACACUCAAGAAAUUGUAGGGUAUAUGGAUAUGUUCAUAGAACGCGAACACGCCGAUCUUGAACAGCGAGUACUUUUUGCACAGCGUAAAGUAGAAUUCCUUGAAGAUUUUAGCCCGGACAUUCGACAGGUGUUGAAAGCCCACGAACAAUUUCAGAAAUGCAUUAAACAGGCGAAAGAACGAAAGAAGACGAAAAGCGACGACACUAAAGCAGAUACUUCUCCACCAAAGAAAGUGAAAACUGGUGACCAAUCGAGCAUACCACCACCACCUUCCGUCAGUUCACAGUCAUCUUAUCAAUACAGUAGCGGCCCAAGCGGACCUUACCAAUCGCAGCAGCAAUUUCAAAGCAGUCAGUACGGUGGACAGGGUGGAUAUCAACAGGGCUAUCAACAGUAUCCACCUCCGUCAGACCCUAAUUACGCCAAUUAUAAUUGGCAGUACGGGCAAGGCGGACCUCAGGCGUACGGACCUUACAAUCAGUGGGGAUCUUAUAAUUAUUAUUAGUGGAUUAUCUAAUGUUUUAUCCGUACCAGCUUUCAUUACGUUACCGUGUCUACUGUACAUUUUAUCAUCCUUACUCUUCUUUUGUCCGAAAGGCGAUCGACGAGAAAGGGAAACGAAAUUCUUUAAAGUUCCAAUGACACAUCAGUGACCUGACACGAAUCCUAUUGCUACACGUCGUACCGAAAGUCUCCUUUCGGUACAUUCAAUCGAUUCUUUGCAUGAACUUGUCGUAAUGUAUUUCUAAGUAAUGUAGCAGUAUAGGAACAUUAAUAAAUUUACGACUGUUGGAUAAAUAUUUUAUUAC